AUGAAUCAGAUCAGGAUUCAACUGAAUGUGGUAAUAGCUCUUUACAUUUUCUUCAGCUGGUGCCAUGGAGGAAUUGUGAAUAUAAACUGCUCUGGCAACCUAUGGGUAGAACCAGCUGCCCUUGUUAGAAUGGGUAUGAAUCUUUCUGUUUAUUGCCAAGCAGACAUUAAGAACUGUCAACCAAAGAAACUUAACUUUUAUAAGAAUGGCAUCAAAGAAAGCACUCACAUCACAAGGAUUAACCAAACAACAGCUUGGCUUUGGUAUAAAAACUUUCUGGAGCCACAUGCCUCUGUGUACUGCACUGCGGAAUGUCCUGGACGUUUUCAAGAGACUCUGAUAUGUGGAAAAGACAUUUCUUCUGGAUAUCCCCCGGAUGCUCCUGACCAGGUAACCUGUGUCAUCCAUGAAUUCUCAGGCAGCAUGACUUGUACGUGGAACCCUGGGACACUUACCUACAUAGACACGAAGUAUGUGGUACACGUGAAGAGUUUAGAGACAAAAGAAGAGCACCGAUAUUUCACCUCAAGCUACGUUAACAUCUCCACUGACACACUGCAAGAUGGCAGAGAGUAUUUGGUUUGGGUUCAAGCUGAAAAUGCACUAGGCAUAGUGGAGUCAAAACAACUGCAAAUCCACUUGGAUGAUAUAGUGAUACCUUCUGCAUCCAUCAUUUCCAGAGCUGAGACUAUAAAUGCUACAGUGGGCAAGACCAUAAUCUACUGGAGUAGUGAGACAGCCAUUGAAAACAUUUCCUGUGAAAUCAGACACAGGGCUACCACAAGCCAGAUUUGGAACGUUGAAGAAUUUGAUGCUAAUUUUACAUAUGUGCAACAGUCAGAAUUCUACCUGGAGCCCAAUGUCAAGUAUAUAUUUCAAGUGAGAUGUCAAGAGACAGGUAAAAGGUACUGGCAGCCCUGGAGUUCACCCUUUGUUCACAAAACACCUGAAACAAUUUUUCAGGUGACACCGGAAUUAUUCCAACAUGAUACUCAGAAUUCUGGGAUGCCAACUGCUUCCAUCUUCAAAGAACACCUCACUUCUGCCAAUAGUCAAGACAUUGGACUCCUAUCAGGAAUGGUUUUCUUUGCCAUCUUGCUGUCAAUUCUUUCUUUGAUUGGAGUAUUCAACAGAUCAUUCCGAAUUAGAAUUAAGAGAAAAAUUUUACUGCUAAUACCAAAGUGGCUUCAUGAAGAUAUACCUAAUCUGGAAAACAGCAAUGUUGUGAAAAUGCUACAGGAAAAAAGUGAAUGUGUGAAUAAUUAUGCCAUGGAGCAAAUCCUUCAUGUUGAUCCUGUAAUUUCAGAGAUUAGAGAAAUCUGUCUUCUAGACCCCAAAUGCACAGAUGACAAAAAGAAAAAGGAGACAGAAGCUCUGGAGAAAAGAGACUGCUUGCAACACCUGCCUCUAGUCCCAAGCCCGAUCGUUGAAUAUAUUCCUGAUCCCAACACUGGAUACAAACCCCAGGCUUCACAUUUAUCCCCAGGGGGAAACCACUUCAGCAACCAUGAUAUAGAUUCUUCAGGCCCCAAGCUACCAGUUGAUUCCGUAGAACUGGAAAAGAACAGCAGGUCAAAAGAAUAUCUUCCCUUUGCCUUUCCAGUCUCAACUGUGAUUCCCCUAAGCAACACACUAAUUCUGGAAGAACUGAGCCUCCUUUCCAAUCAAGAUGCAACAGAGGAAGAAGACAGCAGGUUUUUGGAAAAUGACUCACCCAGUGAAACUAUUCCAGAACAGACCCUACUACCUGAUGAAUUUGUCUCCUGUUUAGGCAUCAUGAAUGAGGAGCUGCCCUCCAUCAGCUCUUAUUUUCCACAAAAUAUUUUGGAAAGGCAUUUCAAUAUGAUGUCACUUCUGAGAAAAUAA